UACAUUGCAAUAUCAUCGCAAAGGAGGCAGGAAAUAAACGUAAUUCAAAAAUUGAGAAUGUCACUCGGUAAUAAUAAUUAUGAAGGAGAAAGAAAGACAAAGAAAAAUAAAAUAGACCACAAAAAUGUUAGUCAAUGAAUAUAGUGAUGGAACGAAAUACAUAAUUACAAUUUCCUUCAUCUUUUCCUACUUCUUCAACUAACGACUCUCUCAUCAGAUUCAGUACAUACAUAGGCGGUAUACUCUGGAGGACAUCUAUUUUAAUUGUCGGUUUUAUGGUGGUGGGUAGCCAUAACAGUAGCAGACGAUAUGUCAGAUAAUGUCAAAAUCACGUAAAAUUUAUGCUUAUUGACAAAUUGACAACGAUUGACCAUUGUUACUGAAGAAACACAUUACAAGGUUACUAGUUGCUGAUCAAGAGUCAGCCAAUAGAUAUGGUAGAAAAUCUCGCUGCGAAGUUAUGCUUACUUUUGCCGGAAAAAGCCCAGUCAGCGGAACAAUGGAAAUUGUUAGGCCAAGAAAAAGAUGGGUCUCUGUUGGUUGGAUGGACAGAGGAAAUAAUAGAGAACGACAUAUCUGCAUCAUAUACUGUUGUAGGCCAUUACGACCGGAUUAACGAUAAGUUACAGGUAUUACAUCGAUUUGGUGAAAUAUUAAAUAUAGUUCAAGCAACAAUAAAUCAGAGCCGGACUGUUUUUGGAUAUGUGACUAAACAGAAAAUUUGUACAGACUUGAGUGUAGAACCUGCAAUAGAAACGCAAGAAAAUAUAUCAGCUGACACAGAAACAUAUGAAGCAUAUAUUGCUGAAUUACAAGAAGAUAAUGUAAAAAUUCAUAAUUUAAAUGCUAAAAGGACCAAGCAAGUACGCAUACAAUUUUUAUACAGAGAAAAGGAUGAUGGACAUAUGGACAAAUUUUUGUUAUUAAUUCAUCAAGAAUGUAUCACAAUAUAUACCAUAUUAUUUGAUGCAUCAGAAUCAAACUUUCGUACAAUGAAAGAAUUAAAAUCAGAAUCAUUGGUAAAAGCUUUUAUUUGGGCUCAAUGGGACAUGAUGAAUCAGGUUUUAUAUCAUAUACAUCAUCGACGAAUCCCGGUGAGCGUCGUUUCGGAAAACGAAGAAGAGAAACAGAAUAAAUCUACUCGAAGUAAUCCAACGCUCAGCGGACUACAGUUUCACGAUGAUUUGCCACAUGAAACAGUGUUAAACAUCCCAUUGAAUCUACCUCAAUUGUCAACUUCAUCCAACUGUGGAACAUACGAGGACGACGUUAUACCUUUGAGAGUUCACGAUUGUUCGUUAGAUCUUAUUGUGGUCUCUGAUUCGAAAGGAAUGGUCUGUGUUUGCCACCAUUAUUUGUAUCGUCCGGUAAAGCCGCAACAGCAUGUACUUAACUCACUGAACGAAUCUAAUACAGUGCACUUCGCAUAUUCUGUAACGCUUCUUCACCACAGCUGUGUGAUUCAUUGUGUUAUACCAGGCAUACCGUGGUCACGGGCUAAACUUAUACGACCGACGUUUGCGAUCUAUGAACAUCAUCACAUGAUUGUUCUGGUGCAAGGUUUGUUUACUCACCUGCUCGAGAUCGGAACGAAUCACGAACCCUGUUGUCACAUACUGUGUGGCCCGUUAACUUCUAUCACGUCGCGUUCCUCUUACUUGGUACCGUUACUUGAAUUUGAAAAACAUAACAAAGGAGGCAAAAAGAAAUACGAUUCGGCUACCUUUGAAGGAAGCAACGCGAUUACUUGUCCUAAUACGAGCAUACUAACAAUAGAUCUACCUACACUAGACUUGGUACAACUAACAAUCCCUUCUGACUUCCUUGUUGAAGUAUUUCGUAAAGAAUCGUCAGUGGAAGUGCGUUUGGGAAUACUCCAUUACUUUCUCUGCCACAGAAAUGAUAUGGACAUUAUUUCGGAGUUAAUGUGCUCGAUCGCUGAAAAACCAAGGUCAUUGGAAAUAGUACGGUACAUGCAGGAAAUUCUUAUCGGUGGUUCGUACGCUCUAGUACAAAAAAAUUUGCUAGCCGAUGCUGUACCUUUAUUAUCGUUGCUACCAGUCACAACUAUGGAAGAAUACACAAGUUUUGAGAUCAAAGUGAAUGAUUUGAGUAUAACAUUGAGUCACGAAAAACUCUGGAACACAUCGGUAAUGUUGCUUUCACCCCAACAACGACUGAUCCCUUAUCGUAGCGACUUGUGGACUAGACUAUGGGAUCAACUGAGCAAAAAUAAUGGGGACAAAACAAGAUUCAAGCCAAGCAAAGUUGCAGAGAAAUUGUUAGUUUCUUUAGCGUGUUAUCAACCCGAAGCACUGUCUAGAUCCAGUACUCCAAUGUCUCCGAGCGGAGGAUUGGUUGUGGCUACCGUGUCACUCGGCGAGCUGACAGGUGGCCGCAGCAAUAAACUAUUGGAUUCAAGUUUGCCAUUCAACGAGACCGAAAGUUGUACAGCGUCGAAGCAGGAGCACGUCGUAUCCGUGAAUCUAAGAGAAUUGUCGAUGUAUUUACUGAAACAUGGUACGCAGACGUCCGUAAUACAUGUCCAAGGGUCCUGUACACCGCUACAUGUUCAUGCUAUGGCAACUAGACACGUGGCAGCGCAACUGGAAGCAUCCAGAGCUCUUUGCCAAAUGUUGUGUAGAGCUGCGAACGUUGAUCCUCGACUUGAACCAGAGCGUGGUUUUAUAUUAGUCGAUCAAUUGGACGAAGCAAGGCGAUGGUUGUUGUUCUUACUAUUAGAGCGUUACAGGUGCGCGAUAGAAGGUAUAGCGUUUCCCGCACCACAAGGAUUCACGUCAUUUUUCACUUAUCUUGGAUACAGAACUCUAAAGUAUUCGAUGUUCUUGCAAUAUAUUCAACGAUCAGUAUUCGAGUUGCAAGUGGAUGUUACUAAAAUCAUCAUGGCUGAUAUUAGCGACACAAAAGAGAACGCUGUUCGUAAGCUAACAUUGUUAUCUUUGCUACCAAGAUCACGAGCUAAGAGAUUGUUGAAUCAAUGGUUGCAUCCAGUGAGCUUUAUGAUAAGAGCUCGAGAGCACGCUGCGAAUAUAUUGUCUGGUGAAUUGAGUCAAAAUCGAGGUAGAACGUCACAGCAUAGAAAUCAUCAUAAUGGUUUAGCUGCAUUUCCCUCUGCAGAUCGUUUAUCUCCACUAGAUACCUUCCUCGAUUUACUUACAGCAAAAGCUAGUUUAGCCGAAUUAGAUUUUGGAUUACUUAUAGAAGCUACGGUUACAUCUACGGAAGAUUUUUUAUAGAUAACUGUAUUUUAGUCGAAUUUUAACUAUAAUGAACCGCAGCAAUUACACCUAAAACCUUUUUUUACAAUCAAAAAUAGUAGUACAAUUAAUGUUUUAAACGUAUCAAGUGCCAUUGCUAUUUUCCAAAAUAUCCAAUGUAUGAAUGUAGUCUUCUUAACCGUAUUUUUAAAUGUGUAGGUAUUCCACUCUUAAGAAUUCUAAACACUAGACGUUUUUCAUAAUUUUAAAAUAACUUUGUACAUGAUCGAAAACCGCAGACUCCUUUUAUACCACUGCUCUAGAAUAGUCAUAAUCUAUAGCAAAUCAGCUUUCCAAUGUUUUAAAUGCGUUUAAAUUUUCUAAUGAAUUGUAUCUUAUAUUUUAUUGUACAUUUAACAGAGCGGUAUUCUUGUUUCUAUUAUUCUUGUAUUAACGCUACUAUUACAUUGUUAUAGUUUUGUAUGAAUGUUGUUAACUCUUCAAUGAGAUAGUUAUUUAUCAUAAUGUUGUAUAUUUACCUAUAUCGAUAUUAAUCGAAGAUAAUUUUAAUAAUUUUACGUGCAAUAUUUGUGUAACUAGACAAAUUUUAAGUUGUUUCAAUUUUUGUCGGAUUUUCAUCGAAGUCGUCAUGACGCUCAGAGUAUUCAGAUUCCAGACUUCUUUCAUUUGUACCUUACUUCGCCUUUGCAAAAACAUAAAUAUCUCGUUAACAAAAAUACAUAUCAGGAGAUAUGUACAAAAAUGCAGCAGUAUUAAUCUUUCUGUAAAUGUGAAUAUAAAUGAUUAAAUAACAA